AUGAAGCGCGACCGUGCGUCUAGCGAAGAAGAGGCGGAAGCAGGGAAAGCUGUUGUGGAGCGAAGAGGGGAAGGGAGAGGAGGACGAGCUACAGAGCCAGCUCUAGACGGAUCUAACACUCCUGGACUUCGGGUGCACGAAUGGGGCCUCAAUCCUUUGUUUUGGAGCUACGUGAAGCUCCUCAUAAGGGAUGUGCACGGGCUGGGAACCCUAGGGGGUAUCGACGACUCUCACGUGUUGCACGGCAACAAGGCCAUCCACCGAGUAGAGGUUUCGGGCGUGGUAGUGCACGUCAAGCCGGGUGCGACCAAGGCCUCCGGCAGCUACGUGAAGUACAUACUCGACGACGGGACCGGGCUCCUGCCGUGCACGCAGUACGAGCGGCACGCCGGCACCGGGGCCACGCACCGCGGGCACUCUGAGAGGCACGAGCUGGGCGAGCUGCUGGUCGUGCAGGGAAAGCUCAAGCGCUACAGAGGGGCGCGAGAGGUGGCCAUCACCUCGGCAAGCAAGCCCACGGACCCCAACCAGGAGGCCUUGCACUGGUUGCGCUGCGUCGAGCUCGGGAAAACGGUCUACCGCCCUCCGUUCCAGCGCGACGACUACAUCGACGAGGAGCUCGUGGCCGGAUCGAGCCAGGCCAGGCCGACGCAGUGCGGCUGCGGCGCCGCGUACGCGGAAGCCGUCGGGUACUGCCGCUGCGUGGCGGCGCCCCUGGCGCUCGACCCGACGUUCGAGUUCCGAGACGCGCUGCUCGCCCGCCUGGCGGCCAAGGAGGAAAGCCUCGCGGGUCCUGACGAACACCUCCGCUUCCAGUUCGCGCGAGACCGGCCGGCGGAGGCUGGGGCGGCGGCGGCGGCGGCACCGCGGGGGGUCAUGCAGCAGGCGAAGGCGCUCGAGCUCUUGAGGGCGGUCAUGUCCAGCCUGCACAGGGACGGCGCCCUGCACUUCCUGGACAGGGCCAGGGACGUCUACGUGCUCGUGUCUCGCGGGAGGGUGUUGCGGCCCGCGGUGGAGGAGGCGUGCCGCCGCCGCCGACUGGGGUUGUCUCAGGAGAACGAGAUCAUCCGGGCCCUGCAGGGGUCGGCCCUGCUGCACCACGUGCCGGGGGCGCGGAUACGGGCGUGCGUGUACCGCAUGAAGAAGGCGGGUAGAUCGGCGCAGCAGCAGCAGCACCAGCAGCAGCAACCAGACAGCCCGUGA